AUGAGGUUUCUUAUAUUUGUCACUCUUUUAACCGUCCUUUCUGGAGGGUUAGUCGGCAGUACCGUUACGGGAACUUAUUUUGACCGAUUCGUUUUAUUCAUUUUCGAAAACACCAACUAUGCUAAGGCAAUAAAGAAUUCUUACUUAAAAACUUUGGGCAAUCAAGGCGUUUUAUUUACUAAUUAUUUUGCAGUUUCCCACCCAUCUGAGCCCAAUUAUGUUGCCCAAAUUUUUGGUUCAACUUUUAAUAUUACAGAUGACGGUGAUUAUAAUAUCACUGGAACAAACUUAGUUGACCUUCUUGAGAGCAAAGGCAUCACUUGGAAAGCUUACAUGCAGAACUAUAUGAAUGCUGAUAACCUUGAUGCUGAUAUAGCUAGUAAUUCAGUACCGCAAUUCGUUUAUUAUGUGCCAAACCAACAAAAUGACGCCCAUGAUACAAGUGUAGACUUCGCAAUGAGCUGGUUCCAACCUUUCUUUGAAGCUAGACGUACAAAUCCAAACUUUAACACCAAUACAUUAUUUUUCAUUGUUUUUGAUGAAUCUGGAGGUGGUUCAUCCAAUCAAGUUUAUGCUAGUAUUGUAGGUACUCCCGUCAAUCCUCCAUCCGGUCAUUCAGAUAAUACUGCUUAUAAUCAUUAUUCAAUCCCGGCAACUAUUGAAGCAAAUUGGGGUUUGGGUAAUAUGGGAAGAUUUGAUUCAAACGCGACUGCGUUUACUAGAUAUCUACUCCAUCCUUAA